CAGCAGAAGACUGAGAGACUGUAAGGUUUGUUGUAUUUCAGUCAUGUUGAGUUACUGGUUUUAAAAGCAGCGUGUGUGAAGGCUCUUUAUUCCCUCUCUGUGUUUUUGGCAUGUUGUCAGACUGAGGGGUGCCAGUGACAGAUGGUCAGUGUCAUUGGUCAGGGCACACACACCCAUGCCUGUGUUUUAAUAAUCCUGCUCAUUUUGACCGCUUGAGUCCAGCUGUAGCUCUGAACAUUCUGCUUCAUCCGAUCGGUUUGUGUGUAAUCAAGUCUGGACGAGGAUUAAGUGUCUAAGUGCUUUAGAUGAACAGAAUUAUGAAGGUCAGGGUGAUUUGGACAUGAAAAACAUCUUGCAGAACAGUAUGCAAUAAGUGCUGUUUUUCGUAUUGUAGAUCUUUCCAUCGCUCUUGGCACACGCUCUGUAUUACACAGAGUAAUGAUUUAUAAUGUGGUCAGCUUCCUCCCGAGUGUUCUUCACGUUGUCUCGGGGUGUUUUUCUUUGCCUCUUUCCCUCUGUUUUGUUCAUUAGAGAGAUUUCCAGAUCUAUAGCAACAUCAUUUCCUUUCAUAUUACAGUAUCAGGAUAUUGGUGUUUUGCUGAACCCCAAGUUUAGGUUGAAACUUUUCCAGUAUCAGUUCUGAGAUCCUUCAUCCAAACUCCCUCUGUCCUGUGAGUCUGUUUUAUUGCGUGAAGAGUGCAUUGGGGGUGUUGUCCCAUCCCAGAUUAUUAUUCUCUCCUCAGGUCCAGUUUUCCCCGGAUAAGCUCUGAUCAGGAUAAGGAAGUUAGAAGAUGAAAGAAACUCCAUUAAAACACUUCAGAAAUUGGGUUCGGUGUAAAUUAGCCUUAAAAAAUCUUUUUGAGGAACAGGAAACGUUAAUGAAUGAUAGAAAAACUCAAUCAAAAACAUGAUCCUCCUUAUCAGUUUAAUUUGAUGCUUUCAUUCCAGCUCACAAUCUUAUUUUUAUCACUUCCCAACUCCCAAAUAUUCUGCAUUUUGUGGGAAUUACAUUCUUUUAAACACAGACUACAGUGUUUGUUACAUCGCUAACAUUCAUAGAGGAAGAAUUGAUAAUAUUCUAUGAUGGAAAAUUCUUUAACUUCAUUAAGUUUAAUAAAGUAAAUCUGCUUUUCGGGCUUUGCCUCCUGCGCUCUGAUUGGUUCAGUUAGUAUUUCUUACUUAUCAGUGCUUUACCACAAAUCAUUGGUUUUCUGUGACGUUCUGUGUCUUUUCUGUAGGAUUACUGAUUAUUUGAUGUUUGCACAAUGCUAUGUGCCGUAUUCAUUAAACAUAGAUGUAUGUAAUAGAUGUAUAAUGUCUACAUGAUGUAUGUAAUGGUUGUUUAUGACAGAAGAAAUUUCUCUUCUGGAAAUUUGCCGUGGCGAUUUAAUACAUUUUAAGAGAGGCUCUAGGUAUAAAAGAUUGCAAAUCAGCUCUUCUGGUAUCUCUCUGCAUUUGAAGACUGUGUGAUUAGUCCACACCACACCUGAUAAGAAGGAGAAGUUUUCUGGAGCCACUUACCCAGGUGAAGUACAUCCUAAUGAGCAGCUGUGAAGAACAGGAAAAAGUGAGAGGAGUGACGGCUCGGCCCUUCUAACCGUGUCGGCUUAUGAACCGGUGCCGUGAGCCGCUCCGUUCUCCUGCACAGUUCGAGGGUUUGGCCUGGCACCGUGGCAAAACGGGCACGAGGCAGAGCGGGUCAGAGUCAUGUCGGAGAGCGAGGAUGCCGACCACCCUCGCUUCUUUGUCGGUGCUGAUGAUGGAGAAGGAGAGGAGCUGCUUGACCCGGGCCGAGUGCUUGGCUACGACUGCCUCUAUGAGAACGUUGAGGAGGAAGAUGAGGACGCGGAUGAGGAAGAGUACGACUCGCCUCCAGAGAGACAGAUAGUGGUGGGAAUCUGUGCCAUGGCCAAGAAGUCCAAGUCCAAACCCAUGAAGGAGAUCCUGGAGCGUCUUUGUCUCUUCAAGUACAUCACAGUGGUCACGUUCGAGGAGGAGGUCAUCCUCAACGAGCCUGUGGAGAACUGGCCACUGUGCGACUGUCUUAUCUCAUUCCACUCCAAAGGGUUUCCCUUGGACAAAGCUGUAGCUUAUGAGAAGCUAAGGAAUCCGUUUGUCAUUAAUGAUCUGGACCUGCAAUACUGCAUCCAGGACAGGAGGGAAGUGUAUCGGAUCCUGAAGGCAGAGGGAAUCCAGCUUCCACGCUACGCUGUGCUGAACAGAGACCCAGCAAGACCAGAAGAAUGUAACCUGGUUGAGGGAGAGGACCAUGUGGAGGUAAAUGGAGAAAUUUUCCAGAAGCCUUUUGUGGAGAAGCCAGUGAGUGCUGAGGACCAUAAUGUCUAUAUCUACUACCCCACAUCUGCAGGAGGGGGCAGCCAGAGGCUCUUCCGCAAGAUCGGCAGCAGAAGUAGUGUGUAUUCUCCUGAGAGCAGUGUCCGGAAAACUGGCUCGUACAUAUAUGAAGAGUUUAUGCCUACAGACGGGACAGACGUUAAGGUAUACACCGUGGGUCCAGACUAUGCCCAUGCAGAGGCUCGUAAAUCUCCUGCUUUGGAUGGAAAGGUGGAACGAGACAGUGAAGGAAAAGAGGUACGCUAUCCUGUCAUCCUCAACGCCAGAGAGAAACUCAUUGCCUGGAAAGUCUGCCUGGCCUUUAAGCAAACAGUGUGUGGGUUUGACCUGCUUCGUGCUAAUGGCCAAUCCUACGUCUGUGACGUGAACGGCUUUAGCUUCGUGAAGAACUCCAUGAAAUAUUAUGAUGACUGUGCAAAAAUUCUGGGGAAUAUUGUCAUGCGAGAGCUAGCUCCUCAGUUCCAGAUUCCGUGGUCCAUCCCUCUGGAAGCUGAAGACAUUCCCAUAGUUCCCACCACCUCCGGGACAAUGAUGGAGCUGAGGUGUGUGAUUGCUGUGAUCCGACAUGGAGACAGAACUCCUAAGCAGAAGAUGAAAAUGGAGGUUCGACAUCAGAGAUUUUUUGAGCUCUUUGAAAAAUACGAAGGAUACAAAAGUGGAAAGCUCAAGCUAAAGAAGCCAAAGCAGCUUCAGGAAGUUUUAGACAUCGCCAGACAGCUAUUGGUUGAACUAGGGCAGAAUAAUGAUACAGAAAUUGAAGAAAGCAAAGCCAAACUCGAGCAGCUGAAAACCGUCCUUGAGAUGUAUGGGCAUUUUUCAGGUAUUAAUCGCAAGGUCCAAUUAACAUAUCUCCCUCAUGGCUGCCCAAAAACAUCUAGUGAAGAGGAAGACAUGCGGAGGGAUGACCCGUCCUUACUGCUGGUGCUGAAAUGGGGUGGGGAGUUGACUCCAGCGGGCAGGGUACAGGCAGAGGAACUGGGUCGUGCGUUUAGGUGUAUGUACCCUGGAGGACAAGGUGACUAUGCAGGUUUUCCUGGCUGUGGCCUGCUGCGUCUGCACAGCACAUAUCGACAUGACCUGAAGAUCUACGCUUCUGAUGAGGGCCGGGUUCAGAUGACCGCAGCCGCUUUUGCCAAGGGUCUCUUGGCACUGGAGGGUGAGCUGACCCCCAUUCUGGUCCAGAUGGUGAAAAGUGCCAACAUGAAUGGCCUGCUGGACAGUGACAGUGACUCUUUGAGCAGCUGCCAACAGAGAGUUAAAGCUCGGCUCCACGAGAUCCUGCAGAAGGACAGAGACUUCACCUCCGAAGACUACGAAAAGCUGGCUCCCACGACGAGCACAUCACUAGUGAAGUCCAUGCAAAUGAUCAAGAACCCAGUAAAGACGUGUGAUAAAGUCUAUUCCCUCAUCCAAAACCUUACACUGCAGAUUAGACAGAGGAUGGAGGACCCUAAGUCAGCAGACAUCCAGCUGUACCACAGCGAGACUCUGGAGCUGAUGCUACGUCGCUGGUCCAAACUGGAGAAGGACUUCAAGAUGAAAAAUGGGCGCUACAACAUCAGUAAGAUCCCAGACAUCUAUGACUGCAUCAAAUAUGAUGUUCAGCACAACAGUUCACUUAAGCUGGACAACACCAUGGAGAUCUACAGGCUCUCUAAAGCUCUGGCAGAUAUUGUCAUUCCACAGGAAUAUGGUAUUUCUCAAGCUGAGAAGUUGGACAUUGCCAAAGGCUACUGCACACCGCUGAUUCGCAAAAUCCGCUCCGACCUCCAGAGAACGCAGGAUGAUGACACAGUCAAUAAACUUCACCCGGUUUAUUCCAGAGGAGUCAUGUCUCCCGAGCGUCAUGUCCGCACCAGACUUUACUUUACCAGUGAGAGCCACGUCCACUCUCUCCUGUCCAUCCUACGCUACGGAGCUCUCUGUGAUGAGACCAAAGAUGAGCAGUGGAAGAGGGCCAUGGACUACCUGAAAGUGGUCAGUGAGCUGAACUACAUGACCCAGAUUGUGAUAAUGUUGUAUGAGGAUCCCAAUAAGGAUCCAUCUUCAGAGGAACGUUUUCAUGUGGAGCUGCAUUUCAGUCCAGGAGCGAAAGGCUGUGAGGAGGAUAAAAACCUGCCCUCAGGAUUUGGCUACAGACCAGCAUCUAGAGAGAACGAAGGCUCCAAAAAGAAGUUGCAGAAUGACAGCGAUGAGGAGUCGAGUACUUUAAAGCGAGACGAGCCGGAUCGAGCCCUUGUCAUGUUCCGACCCAUGGUGUCCGACCCCAUCUACAUUCACAGGAAGUCCCCUCUUCCACGCUCCAAGAAGAUUGGCUCUGUGGAAGAAGAAAGCCCCCUGAGUGUGUCUAGCCCUGAGUCUAUUGGUACCUGGAUACAUUACACCUGUGGUGUUGGUACUGGGCGUCGAAGACGCAGAUCAGGGGACCAAAUAACUUCCUCCCCUGUCUCCCCCAAAUCACUGGCUUUCACAUCCAGUAUUUUUGGCUCAUGGCAACAGGUUCUUUCGGAGAACAACAGUCACGCAAGGCCAGGCAGACUACACACGGAUCAGAAGCUCACCACUGGAAUAGGGUCUCAUUGUGCUGGCCUGUUUAGCACCAUGGUGCUGGGAGGCUCCUCCAGCGCCCCUAACCUACAAGAUUAUGCUCGUACACACCGUAAAAAGCUGACCUCUUCUGCCUUCUUAGAUGAGGCCACGCGUGGUUCUGCUGUUAAAAGAUUUUCUAUCUCAUUUGCGCGACACCCAACCAAUGGCUUUGAGUUAUACUCCAUGGUUCCCUCCAUCUGCCCGCUGGAGACCCUCCACAAUUCACUGUCCCUUAAACAAGUGGAUGACUUCCUAGCCUCGAUUGCCACCUCCCAUGAUUCCUUGCUGGAAUUGUCUGUGUGCUCACCAGCUGUUCAAGGAAAGAAAGUUCCUUUAAACACAUACACUCCUGCGAAAGUUUUACCGUGUCCUUUCACUCAGGCUGUGGGAAAGAAGUCACCAGAGCGCACUAAAUCAGCCAGCGGAAGCUCUCCUUCCAGAGUGGCUCGGUGGAGCAGAGCCGAUGUUCAGCAUGCUGCCGCUGUAGACAGAGCAUUACAGCAGAGUUCACCUCCACCGUGUUCAGAGAGCAACACACAGUGUAAACACAACACUGCUGUUAGCAUCCUGGUCUCCUCUCCACCAACGUCCUGUAAAGCCCAACUCCACGCAAACUGCCAGGAGGACAGUGUGUCCACUCACACUCGGGCCUGGACAGGAUGCUGUCGAGUCUCAGCACAACUCGCACGUCCUCACACUAGUGACGCUAAAGCACAUCAAGUAUCAUCCAGUGACGGUCACAUCCAUAUCUCACCAAAACAAACCGGCAUGGAGGAAAGUCCGAGUGCAGCCGGACCUGUGCACACGCUCACUAAGCAGACUGCUCACGAGGAGCAACAUGAAGGCAAAGCGCAGCUGUGUUCACCACCACCGCUAAUACAAACCUCAUCAUCAACUGCGUCACAAGAUCACACAGCCAUGCUCCCACCAAACUGACCAAACCUUGCAUUUCACUGAUACUGAUACACAGCACUGUUACUUUAAACGAUUGCUUAGUGAUUCCUCUCACCGAGAGAGAUCACGGGUUUAAGUAAACAGUAGUUUAGCGGUAGUACAACUUGAACUAUUAAACACGCUCAUCUUAUCCAGACUAUCGCAGAGACAACUGAUUUAACCUAUAGUACGGUCUUGACUGUGCUCUCGUGAAGAGUUUAUUUCUCAUAUCGUGUAUAUUUGAAUGUAAACCAGAUGUAUACAGUCAUAUAUCCAUUUCAUCAUAGUCUAUUUUAAUUAAAAAUGAUCAUUAAAUCAACAGCACCUUUUGGAUAUGAUUAUCGAGAUCCAAAUUAAAAUGUAAUGUAAUUAAAGUUCUAUUUUUCACAUAUCUUUGGUUACCAAAAAUGUGUUUUUUUUUGUUUUUUUUUGUUCUCAUUUAGCUGCCUUCGUAAUCGUAAUUGCUGUGAAAAAUAUUUUUCACCAGUAUGUUUCAUCUUUACCAAACAUGACUGUAUUGAUAGAUAUCUGUAUGUAUAUUGGGAAUAAACCUCAGUGGAGCCCUGUUAUAUCCUAUAUGUAUGUUUUGAUAACCUUCUCUAUGUAAAUGUAUGUGAAAUUGAAAAACAAAUAUAGUUUUCAUGAUAUAGAAAUAUAAUGAUAUUUUCUGUAUUUUUCGUGCUGUUAGAGCUGAUAUUAUAGCAGCUUGUACAAAUUGGCUAGUUUUGUGAUUUUAAAUCUGAUUAAACUGGACCAACAUAAUGUCAGGUUUUUA